GUUUAAGAUCAGUUACUACAUCGACUCUUAACUGUCGGAUAAAGUAACUUCUCUCUCAACCGAAGAGAAAAUUAUUUAAACUUUUUAUUUUUUUUUGAAAUUUCUCUAAAACUCAUAUCCAUCAGUAAAAAUGCGUGAGUGUAUCUCCAUCCACGUGGGUCAGGCUGGCGUCCAGAUUGGCAAUGCCUGCUGGGAGCUCUACUGUCUGGAGCACGGGAUCCAGCCGGACGGUCAGAUGCCCAGCGACAAGACCAUUGGAGGAGGAGACGACUCCUUCAACACCUUCUUCAGUGAGACUGGAGCUGGCAAGCACGUCCCCAGGGCUGUGUUUGUAGAUCUGGAGCCCACUGUCAUCGAUGAGGUGCGCACAGGAACUUACCGCCAGCUCUUCCACCCUGAGCAGCUGAUCACUGGGAAGGAGGAUGCAGCCAACAACUAUGCCCGUGGGCAUUACACCAUCGGCAAAGAGAUUAUUGACUUGGUUCUGGACAGGACCCGCAAACUGGCUGACCAGUGCACUGGCCUCCAGGGCUUCCUGGUCUUCCACAGCUUCGGAGGUGGCACCGGUUCUGGUUUCACCUCCCUGUUGAUGGAGCGCUUGUCUGUUGACUACGGCAAGAAAUCCAAACUUGAGUUCUCCAUCUAUCCAGCUCCUCAGGUGUCCACAGCCGUUGUUGAGCCCUACAACGCCAUCCUGACAACCCACACCACCCUGGAGCACUCUGAUUGUGCUUUCAUGGUAGACAAUGAGGCCAUCUAUGACAUCUGCCGUAGGAAUCUUGAUAUUGAGCGUCCCUCCUACACUAAUCUUAACAGGUUGAUCAGUCAGAUUGUGUCCUCCAUCACUGCUUCCCUCCGAUUCGAUGGUGCCCUCAAUGUUGAUCUGACAGAGUUCCAGACCAACUUGGUGCCCUACCCCCGUAUCCACUUCCCCCUGGCCACCUAUGCCCCUGUGAUCUCGGCAGAGAAGGCUUACCAUGAGCAGCUCUCAGUGUCUGAGAUCACAAAUGCUUGCUUUGAGCCAUGUAAUCAGAUGGUGAAAUGUGACCCACGUCACGGCAAGUACAUGGCCUGCUGUCUGCUGUACCGUGGUGACGUUGUGCCCAAAGAUGUCAAUGCUGCCAUUGCCACCAUCAAAACAAAACGCUCCAUCCAGUUUGUAGACUGGUGCCCAACUGGUUUCAAGGUUGGUAUCAACUACCAGCCCCCAACUGUGGUACCUGGUGGAGAUCUGGCCAAGGUCCAGAGGGCAGUGUGCAUGCUUAGCAACACCACUGCAGUGGCAGAGGCCUGGGCCCGUCUUGACCACAAGUUUGACCUGAUGUAUGCCAAGCGUGCUUUUGUGCACUGGUACGUAGGUGAGGGUAUGGAGGAGGGAGAGUUCUCUGAGGCCAGGGAGGACAUGGCUGCCCUGGAGAAAGAUUAUGAAGAGGUGGGCGUCGACUCCAUUGAGGGAGAGGGAGAGGAGGAGGGAGAGGAGUAUUAAAGUGAAUUUAUUCGCCCUAGUCAAAUCACAAGCAAGCUUAUCACUGGUUACAAGUCAAUAUGGCUCAGCUUUCCUUAUUAGUGUUGGAAAUGGCUAGCAAGCACUGUCACACAUCAUAGAUAGGGCGGCAGGUAGCCUAGCGAUUAAGAGCGACCAGGUGAAAGAAAAUGUGUCAAUGUGCCCUUGAGCAAGGCACUUAACCCCAAUUGCUCUGGAAAAGAGAGUCUGCUAAAUUACUAAAAUGUAAAUGCCAUAAUGUCCAUUGGCACAGAAAAUGGUUAAGGAAAUGUGCUGUAGUUGUGUUCAGGGAAUGUUAUGGUGUUGCAAUGGUUUUACUUUUUACAGUUUUACACUGCAACUUUCUGUCCUCUUCUGACUUUGAUAUAUAAUAAAUUACUUAAUUUUUAAAAACAUUUUCAACAAAAUUCCAUGGAUCAGCUUCACUCACCAGGACUUAUCACAGUAUUUCCCAAGAAUAAAUCAUUAUUAUUAUUAUUGCAGUGUAAUAACAAUGUACGUACAUAUUGUUACAUAGUUCUACAACUAUCUGUUUGUGUAAUUACACAUGGGCAAUUUAUAUGCAUAUACAAUCGCACACAAUUUAUAUGCAUAUAUUUGCCAAAACAAAUGUACUUGCAGCAACGUUAUGCUCUUUUCUAGCAGCUUAACAAAACAUUUCAUGCAGCAUUCUGAGAAAUGUCAACAGAAUCAAAACUAAAUUAAAUGAACAUUUUAAUGCAA